AUGGCUCAAAUGAUGCAAGGCAUGCAGGGGCAACAACCUCCUACUCAAGCUCCCGUUCCUCAAGCUGCAGCUGGACCUGAUUUUCGUGCCUUCUUCAGGAUGGAUCCUCCAGAGUUUGUUGGCGGACUUGAUUCCCUCUUGGCUCAUGAUUGGUUAGCUGGUAUGGAGAGGGUGUUUCAGGCUAUUCAGUGUACUGAAGAAGAGAAGGUGAUCUUUGCUAAUCAGAAGAUGAAGGGGCCAGCUCUUAGGUGGUGGAACACUGCAUCCACUUAUUUCACCACCCAAGGGAUUCCUAAGGAUUGGCAGCACUUCAAAGUGGCAUUCUUGGAGAAGUAUUUCUCUAAUAGUGUGAGGACCCAAAAGGAGAGAGAAUUUCAGAACUUCAAACAAGGUGACAUGACUGUUUCAGAAUAUGCAGAGAAGUUCGAGGAUUUGGCUGAUUACUCCCGACAGGCUGUUUAUGCUCCAGAUGAACUAUGGAAGAUCGAUCAGUUUAUGAUGGGAUUGAGGGCCGACAUUGCUCAUAGCGUUUCUCAAAGAGAGUUCACUACUUAUGCUGAAUGUCUAAGGCAGUGUUAUGUUGCUGAAAACAGUUUGAAAAGGGUUCAAGAAGAGAGGAACCAGAACAGGGCUAAUUUCAGAGAGCAAGGGAGAUCUACUCAACACUUGAGGCCCCGUAACCCUCCACCAAAGAAGAAGCAGGUUUAUGGUGACCAAUCGACUCAACCGCCUCAUUGUCGUAGGUGUGGAAGGAAGCAUACUGGAGAUUGCCAGCUUGGUUCUGUGACUUGUUUUAGAUGUGGCGAGCAGGGCCACAUAGCUCCACGCUGUCCACAAAGGAGGAUUCCUGAGAAGACUGCAGGUCGUGUUUACACUUUGGAUUCAAGGAAGGCCAAGGGAAACAACAAUCUCAUUGCGGGUACGUGUUAUAAGAAGGAUGGAAGUAUGCGCCUGUGCAUUGAUUACCGUCAGCUGAACAAAGUUACCAUAAAGAACAAAUAUCCUCUGCCACGAAUUGAUGACCUCCUAGAUCAGUUGAAAGGAGCCAGUGUGUUCUCGAAGAUUGACCUUAGGUCAGGAUACCAUCAGAUCCGAGUGAAGAGUUCAGAUGUACCUAAGACUGCAUUCAGGACUCGAUAUGGUCACUACGAGUUUUUAGUUAUGCCUUUUGGUGUGACUAAUGCUCCGGCAGUUUUCAUGGAUUACAUGAAUCGAAUCUUUCAGCCAUAUCUGGAUCAGUUCGUAGUGAUCUUCAUUGAUGACAUUCUUGUGUAUUCUCGUACUCCUGAAGAUCAUGAAGAACACUUGCGGAUCGUGUUAUCUACUCUUCGAGAGAAACAGCUGUAUGCCAAACUCAGUAAGUGUGAGUUUUGGCUAUCCGAAGUAAGUUUUCUUGGUCACGUCAUCUCAGGAGGAGGCGUAGCUGUGGAUCCUUCUAAAGUAGAAGCAGUGGUGAAUUGGGAUAGGCCAAAGAGUGUGACUGAAGUCAGAAGCUUCUUAGGUUUGGCAGGUUAUUACCGGAGGUUUAUCAUGGGGUUUGCUAAGUUAGCCUUACCAUUGACAAAGCUUACGCGUAAGGAGGUUGCUUUUGAAUGGGAUUCCGAGUGUGAGCAGAGUUUCCAGAAACUUAAGAAGAAGUUGACUACUGCACCCGUGUUAGUGAUUCCGGAUCCAAACCGAUCCUAUGAGGUGUACUGUGACGCUUCUAAGAAAGGUUUAGGUGGAGUACUGAUGCAAGAUGGCCAGGUGGUAGCUUAUGCCUCUCGGCAGUUGAGAUCUCAUGAAGAGAAUUACCCAACCCAUGAUCUUGAGCUUGCUGCAAUAGUUUUUGCACUCAAAGUGUGGCGACAUUACCUAUAUGGCGUUCACUUUGAGAUGUUCAGUGAUCAUAAAAGCUUGAGAUAUCUCUUUGACCAGAAGGAGUUGAAUAUGCGACAAAGGAGAUGGAUGGAGUACCUCAAAGAUUAUGAUUUUGAAUUGAAGUACCAUCCAGGGAAGGCUAAUAAAGUGGCAGAUGCGUUAAGUAGGAAGGAAUUUCGAGUCGCUGAGUUAAUGAUAUUGGAGCAUGACUUAUUGGAAAAGUUUAGAGACCUUGACCUUCAGUUUGAAUGGACACCCAAUGGUGUGUUGAUCAGUAAUUUGAGCAUUGAGAAUGAGUUGCGAGAGAGAAUUCGGAUAUCCCAAGGGUAUGAUGAGCAAUUGCAAGCAAGGAGAGAUAUGCCUGAUUUUGUGAGAGCACCUGAUGGGGUAAUCUUGUUUUAG